AUGAUGAAGUCGGCCACGAAUUACAACGAAACCGAUAUCGGCACGAUGACCAAUUAUUUUGGUAAUUCCGACUUGGAUCAAUCGUUCGCCACCAAUCUGCCCCAGCCAACAACUACGUCCCCCGUUUUGAACGUGACAACGUUGCCAACAGUGGCGGCCACGCAUUACGGCCAAACGAAUCUGCUCGAGAGUUUGAUAGUCCCUCUAUACGGAAUAAUAUUUCUCCUCUCCAUCGUUGGGAAUUCGUUGGUGCUGAUCACCCUGGCACGUAACAAGAGGAUGAGGACCGUGACCAACGUUUACUUGUUAAAUCUGGCGGUUUCGGAUCUGCUGCUCGGCGUCUUUUGCAUGCCUUUUACACUUCUUGGACAAGUUCUGAAGAAUUUUGUUUUUGGUAUAACGAUGUGCAAACUAAUACCGUAUUUUCAAGCCGUGUCGGUGUCUGUCGGCGUAUGGACACUGGUCGCCAUCUCUUUGGAGCGUUACUUUGCCAUCUGCAGACCACUGAAGUCGAGAAGAUGGCAAACACAGUUCCAUGCUUACAAAAUGAUUGCCGUGGUUUGGACGGCCAGUCUUACGUGGAAUGCGCCAAUUCUCGUUGUUUCGCGGUUGAAAAGUAUACGCGAUGGAAGACAAAAGUGCCGGGAGGAAUGGCCGAGCGUUGGCGCCGAGCGAGCUUAUAAUCUUUUCUUAGACGGGACCCUGCUUUUAGUUCCCUUAAUCGUGAUGAGCUUGGCUUAUUCAUUGAUCGCAGUGAAACUUUGGAGGGGAUUACGGCAGGAAAUUCGUCAGUCGUCGAAUUGUCAACAACGUCUGGAGAGGAUAGAAUCGGCGAGGGCGACGGUGAAGAAUUCCACGUAUGACAAAGGUGAUGGAGGGGCGAACACCACGGUCGUUCUCAAUGCUUGCGGCGCAUCCUCGAGAUUAAGGCGAGGAUUUCCCUCCUCCUCCCACGGAUACUACCACGGCUCUCCCCAGGGAGUGGCGUCUAGGAUACGGGUUCCGAGAAUGAAAGUAUCCAGUGUGUUCGGUGGAAAAUUAAAGGGAUCGGAUUUUUCCAAUGAAUCGAGAGUGCAGGCUCGCAGCAAUGGAAAUAAUUGUGUUUCGAGGGAUACGAAAGAUUCCUCCAACGAGGAGCAACAAGAUUCGGGCUGUCCAUUCAAUAGGCAACACAUUAUACGCAGCAACUACAUGGGCAAAAGUAUCGAAGCCAAGAAAAAAGUGAUAAGGAUGCUGUUCGUGAUAGUGUUGGAAUUUUUCGUCUGCUGGGCACCGUUGCACGUGAUCAAUACCUGGUAUCUUUUCGCGCCAGAUUUCGUGUAUUCGACCGUCGGCAGCACGGGGAUCAGCCUGGUACAAUUGCUUGCCUACGUGUCGAGUUGCUGCAAUCCGAUCACGUAUUGCUUCAUGAACAGAAAGUUUCGUCAAGCGUUCCUUGGCCUCUUCGAUUGUCACCGUUGUUGGAGAGUGGGGUGUAGAAACAGCGAUAUCGCGAUGGCGUCGACCAGAAAUGCCGCCCAAGCGGGGAACAACAGCGAGCUAAGCGGAAACGAAUCGGCAGUUUAUCUUGGAAAAGCUUCCCUCGCCACCAGAUCAGAAGUAGUACGGCUGUUGGAGGAGGAGGACCGCGUCUAGUAUAGGCAGAACGUGUGUUUCACUGAGAAUACGAGACCAAACGUUUCUUUGUCCCAUACCGGUAACGAGC